AUGGAACAAUUGCACAAAUUACAAGCAACCAUUUUUCAAAAUGCUCCGACCGCCCCAGAUGGCCGGUCCGAUGCUGAGGCUGCAGCAACGCCCUCGGUGAAGCAGACGUCGCUACUCCAUGAUUUGACUCACCUUGGACGAGACAACGCGGCGACUUUAGUUCAGGCCUUCAACACAUUGGUGUCAGGAGAACCGCUUAAUGACAAAGAGCUGUUACUCGAACAUGGCGUGCACAUGCUUCAGUCUCUCCCUGCCAACAGCGGACUAGGUGCCAAUGCUGCUGGUCGGUUCAUCAAAAUGCUGUGGGAUGACUUGCCUCACCCACCAGGUACCACAGCUGGUCCUACGACAAGAUACAGGAGGCACGACGGAGGUAACAAUAAUCUCUGGGACCCUGAAUUGGGAAAGGCAGGGUCCCCUUACAGCCGAAGCGUGCCGCCCGUGAAACCAAAGGGCCCCAACUUACCGGACGUGGAACUAGUCUUUGAAUAUCUGCUUAGGCGGAAAGAAGGAGAGUUCCGCAAGCACCCAUCCGGCCUGAACAGAUUGUUCUUCUCCUUCGCCACAGUCGUCAUUCAUGAGUGCUUCCAAACUUCAAGGGACAAUAAAUGGGUCAACGAGACGUCCAGCUACGUCGACCUGAGCACGCUCUACGGAAACACGAGCAAGGAGCAGAAGCGAGUGCGGACGUACAAGAAUGGACUCAUCUACCCAGAUUCGAUCGCUUCGGAGAGGAUCAUGCUGAUGCCACCGGGCGUCAUUGCUGUUCUGAUGAUGUUUUCCAGAAACCACAAUCACAUCGCCCAAACGCUCUUGUCCAUCAAUGAGCAGGGAAGUUAUGGUCAAUGGGAUAGUCUGACAGAAGAAAAACAGAAAGCGCAAGACGAAGACAUUUUCCAGCUGAGCAGAAACAUCAACAUCGGCUUCUUCGCCUCCGUCGUGCUGAGAGACUACGUUGCCGCCAUUCUGAAUACGCCACGGGCUAAUUCCGAGUGGUCUCUCAACUUGGGUGAGGAGAUCAAGUCUGCACAGGGACGAGUAGAGAGAGGCUCGGGUAAUGUCGUAUCAGUGGAGUUUGCAGUUCUCUACCACUGGCACGCCGCACUCAGCGCCGCCGACGCGAAAUGGAUGGAUGAUGUGAUUAGUCGGAAUCUUUCCCAGAUCAAGUCCGUGGACGAGAUGACGCCGCGGCUCUUCUGGCAGAUGACGGAGAAAAUCACAACGGACUUGAUGUCGAAGCCUGCCAGCGAAUGGACAUUUGGAGGUUUAAAGCGUGGCCCUGAUGGAAGGUUCGACGACGCCGAUCUUGGCCGCCUCAUCAAAGACUGCAUCGAGGAGCCAGCCCACGCAUUUGGUGCUAAGGGCACACCGGCAAGCCUGAAGGUGGUGGAUCUCAUGGGCCAGCUUCAGGCGAGGGAGAUAUUUAACACCUGCACGUUGAACGAAUUCCGGAAAUACCUCAACUUGACGGCGUACAAGAGCUUCUCGGAGUGGAAUGAUGACCCGGAAAUUUCUCGAGCAGCCGAGCUUCUGUAUGGCCACAUCGACAAUCUCGAACUAUAUCCGGGUCUGCAGGCCGAGUGCACCAAGCCACCGAUGCCUGGAAGUGGUGUCUGUCCAGGUCAAACCACUGGACGUGGCAUCCUGGAUGAUGCCGUGGCCCUGGUGCGAGGCGACCGUUUCCUCACCUACGACUUCAAUAGCAACACCCUCACCAAUUGGGGCGUGUCCAAACUUGCCGAUCUCCCCGGAGGCGCGUACGGAGGCAUACUGUCCAAGCUCAUCUUCAACGGCCUCCCUGGGGAGUUUACCGGCACAUCAACCUAUGCUUUGCUGCCGUUCUACACGCCUGAGGCUGUCAAGGGCAUACUUGAAGGCAACAAAGUGCUGGCCAAGUAUGACCUUGCGAGACCUCGACCAAAUGCGAUGAAGCUAGUAGGUAUUCACACUCAAGAAGGUGUCAAGAAGGCCUUUGAAGAUCGAGAAACAUUCCACGUCAUGUAUCAAGCCGCGAUCCGCAACUGCACCGACGGCCACGAAUUCAUGAUCGGCUGGGACGAUCAGAAACGCCACGACCCACGUUCUGUCAUCCUCCACAAGGCCUUUUUCGAAGAGAAUUUUGAGGCGAAUCUUACAAAAUACUUUCGAGAGACGGUCAGAAGCCUGAUCCACAAGAGCACGCUCAAGUAUCCGGAUCAUCGACGGUCGAUUGACAUUGUCCGAGACGUCUGCAACGUCACGCCAAUCAUGUGGCUCGCCCGCCGUUUCGCGAUUCCGAUCAAGGACGCCGCCCAUCCACGCGGCCUGGUUACCCUUCCGGAGCUGUUUGAUAUCUACCUGGUGCUGUUCAUGUACCAGAGCUUCAACAUCUUGCCGGUUAAUGAGUGGAAGCUAAGGGAGACGGCCGAGACGGUUGCGCCGAUCCUGAGGCAGAUCUUUACAGCCCAUCUCCGGACCCAACGGGGCGUAACGGAGUACAUUGUGGACUGGCUCGCCAAGGGCUCUGCGUAUGAAGUUGGGCCGGAUGCGGACCGGUUCUACCACGCCAUGAACAAGACAGGAUUGGACAUUGGCGACAUCGUGGGUGACUGCAUCGGCAUGGGUGCCCCUGUCGCGGGUAACAUCACGCAACAAGCAUCCCUGCUGAUCGAUCUCUACCUCCGCGACGAAUACGCGCAAUACAAAAAGCGCAUCGUGGAGCUCGCGCAAAAGGACGACGAAGCCUCGGACAAGGAACUGCUGGGGUUCGUGUUCGAGGGCAUGCGCCACGCCGGCGUCGUGCCCGGUCUGCCCCGCGUGGCUUCCCGGGACGUGACAUUUGACGACGGCGCCCGCGGCCCCGUCGACAUCAAGGCCGGCCAGUACGUGCUCAUCGCCACGUCCUCGGCGGCCAUGGACCCCGUGGCUUUCCCCAACCCGGAAAAGAUCGACCCGCACCGCCCGAUGUCGUCCUACACGCUCCUCGGGCACGGCAUGCACUACUGCUUCGGCGCCAGACUGGUCGGACCCGCCCUGGUCGCCACGCUCAAGGAGGUGUUCCGGCUGAAGAACCUGCGCCGCGCCGCCGGUCGACUGGGCCGCUUCAGCGUCAUUGAGCACGACAUCGCGGGCGUCAAGGCCAAGAUCUAUCUCGACGCCAAUGCCAAGGAGUCGCCCAUCCCGACCACACUGCAUCUCUUGUACGAUGAAUGA